GUGUGUGUGUGUGUGUGUGUGUGUGCGUGUGUGUCUCACCAGUCCAGGCCAGUUGAGCUGAAGGUCGAGACCUGGUGUGCUGUGCUCAGUCAACUUGGUUUGUUAUAUUCAGGAUGGAUAUGUCUUUUCUUGUGCUGUGUGUGUUGCUGUUUGCCACCAGCUGCUCAUGUGACAAAGACGUGCAGAUUGGCAUGCGAGUAGCAGCAGGAUCUCAGUCAGUGACUCUUCAGCCCUGGUUGGUGGGUCUGACAGCUGUAGUUGGUUUCCUCUUCAUCUUGUUCAUCAUCCUGAUUGUUCGCAGACUACUCAGAAAGGACAGGGAGGAUGGUGAUGGCUGGGAUUAUGACAAGACUAUAGAGAUUGAUGGAGAUGAUACUAAACAAACCAGUCUGUAAACAAACAAACAAACAAACAAACAAAAAACUGAGACGCACCACACUGCUGUCAAAUCAAAGUCACCUGCUCACUUUUUCCACUCCCAUCAGUGUUUCUUUUUCACUGAAGAAUAUGGCUGCAUUCAUUUGCUUUUUGCUUUGUUAUGAAAUGUUUAGACAGUUGAGUGUUGUGAAAGCAGUUGUGAGAACAAUUAACAAUGUCUGGUGUGUUCACUGUAUUAAAUAUAGAGUAACCUGAAA